UGUUCAGUUAGUGAUGAACUUGAACAAUUUUAAGCUCCAUAAAUAUCGAUAAAUAUUUUCUACAUAAUUUUUCAUUUUUAUCUUGCAUGAAAUUGAAGUGAAUUUAAAUCAAAAUGAAUGUAUUUCGUAGUAAAUUAAAAAACUCUGCAAAUUUAGUUGGAAGUAUUAUUCAAGGGACAAGAGGUUAUUCUACUGCCAAAAAGAUACCUAUUGAAUGGAUAAGGCCUGUAAAAAUACCUUGCAUUGAUCCUAGAAAAAGUGGUGAUGGAGGAGUAGAUUUUAAUGUCAAGCCCACAGACUUUGUUGGGAAAUAUGUAUAUUCCCAAGAACUAAAGCAAGAAACUGAUGAAAAUGUCAAGAAAAUAUUUACUGUAGAAUUUAAUAGAAGAAAAGAAAUGAUUACUCUUGAAAAACAAAAGGCAACUCAAUUACUCCAAAGACAUUUGUAUGAUACUAACUCAAUGGAAACAAAAAUUGGUCGGAUAACAGUUCAUAUAUUGAGGCUGCAAGAAAUUCAAAAUAUAAAUCCAAAUGAUAAAAGAACUAAAUCAAUUUUGAAAGAAAUGAUUGAAAAAAGAAAAAAAUGGUUAAGAAAAUUAAGAAUGCAUGAUUAUCCUCGUUUUGAAUAUAUACUGAAAAAUUUAAAUCUGACGUACAAACCAUUUUCACAGUUCAAUCCUUACAUAAAUCGUAAACCAUCUACAACUCACAUGUUAGAAAAUUAUUGUGAUAAUAUGAUACAACAAAAAUUGGAAGAGUACAAAAAUGAACUUGAAGAACAAAAAGGAGAAUUUUUCAAAGAUAAAGUAGAAAAAUUGCAGUUCAUUAGAAAUGAAGAAAUUGCUUGUGGUAAAGAACCUACUAUCACAGAGGAGAUGAUAGAGGAAGCCCAAAAACAAGCAGCUAGCAUUAAAAAAUAAUCAAAUGUUUCGAUUUAUAAAUAAAUAAAAAUACUUGUUUCUUUAA